UUUGGACCGCAUCUGCUUCGUGCCAUUUGCUUCCAAAGCUUCGUAGGAGCAUCAAUCAGUUUCGUCGCGGUCGCGUUGCAUAACCGCAGGCAAACACAAUUUUUAGAAACAAGAGCAGAAUUUUACACAGGCUCACAAUUCAUCAGCCAACAUGUCUGGAAACAAACAAGGCAAGAUGGCCGGUUACAUCAACUGGCGCAUGAAGGUGACGUUGAAUGAUGGGCGACAGAUGACAGGCCAGAUGUUGGCAUUCGACAAGCACAUGAACCUCGUUCUCGCCGAUACCGAAGAAUUCCGUCGUGUCAAGCGCAGGGGCGACAAGGGCAGCCAAGUCGAGACAGAAGAGAAGAGAACACUCGGCCUCGCCAUUGUCCGUGGCGCAUAUAUCGUUUCGCUGUCGGUUGAAUCACCACCUCCAGCAGACCCAAGCGCACGUCUUGGCAAGAGUGCGCCAGGCGGCAUAGCCUCUGCUCUCAGCGCCGGUCCGGGCGUCGCAAAGCCCGCUGGUCGUGGCGCACCUGCUCCAUCAUUAGCAGGACCUGCGCCUGGCCUUGGUGGAGGCGCUCCCCCUCCAGGUUUUCCUGGAUUCCCUGGCGGUCGCGGUGCUCCUCCUCCUGGCUUCCCUGGAGGUUUCGCUCCCCCUCCCGGUUUCCCCGGCGGUGCUGGCUUUGCCCCUCCUGGCUUCCCUGGCGCCCCUCCUGGAUUCAACCCCCCUCCUCGACGAUAG